GGGUGAAUUAUUAUUAUUUUAUUUGUUCAUUUUUAGGUUUAAAGUCAGAACUCAGAAGUUAGAUGGGGCGUUUGCCACAAUAAACCCUAGCGGCUUCAACCGAAAAAAAAAAAAAACUAGCUUCUCUUGCUUCCCCAAAUCCUCAGCUCUUCUUCGGUGUCUGGUUCAUCAAUGGCGGGUGGUAAGAUCAAGAAGGAGAAGUCCCACCGUGGAGCGUCGGCGUCGUCGAACCCACACUACCAGGGAGGCAUACCGUUCCACAAAUCGAAGGGACAGCACAUUCUCAGGAACCCUCUGCUCAUCGACACCAUCGUCGAGAAAUCCGGAAUCAAGAGCACCGAUGUCAUCCUCGAGAUCGGUCCCGGUACCGGAAAUCUCACCGAGAAGCUCAUCAACGCCGGCAAGUUCGUUAUCGCCGUCGAGCUUGACCCACGCAUGGUCCUCGAGUUGGAGCGUCGGUUCCAAGGGAAAGGCUUGUCCCACAAGCUUAAGGUUAUUCAAGGAGAUGUGCUCAAAUGUGAUCUUCCAUACUUUGAUAUAUGUGUGGCGAACAUUCCGUAUCAAAUUUCUUCUCCUCUCACUUUUAAGUUAUUAUCACACCGACCACUGUUUAGGUGUGCAGUGAUUAUGUUCCAGAGAGAAUUUGCCAUGCGACUUGUUGCUAAGCCCGGUGACACUCUCUACUGCCGCCUUUCUGUUAACACCCAGCUCUUGUCUCGCAUUUCCCAUUUACUAAAAGUUGGCAGGAACAAUUUCAGGCCUCCACCAAAGGUUGAUUCUUCUGUUGUUAGAAUUGAGCCAAGAAAACCACUUCCCCCUGUGAAUUUUAAAGAAUGGGAUGGUUUGGUCCGAAUUUGCUUCAAUAGGAAGAACAAAACCCUGGGUUCGACUUUCAGACAGAAGAGUGUCCUCUCGUUAUUGGAGAAGAACUACAAAACCUUGCAAGCAUUGCAGCUUGCACAGAAAGAAUCAAUGGAGUCUGCAGAGGCAGUGGCCGUGGCAGAUGUAUCUGCUUUGGGAGAUACUCGUGAGGACGCAAGUAUGGAGAUUGAUGAUGGAAGAGAUGACGAGGAGAUGGAUGUGGAGAAUGGUGAUGCAAAAGGGUCUGAGUUUAAAGAUAAAGUUUUAGAUGUGUUGAAGCAAGGAGAUUUUGAAGAGAAGAGAUCUUCCAAGCUCACACAAACUGAUUUCAUGUACCUGCUCUCUCUCUUUAAUAUGGCUGGGAUACAUUUUUCUUGAUUCAGGGACCAAGAGUUAUGGCUUUGUUUUUUUGUUUUUUGUUUUUUAAAUCCAGUUUUGUUUUCAUCAUUGGAGAGUUACUGUAUUAGUUAAAGAUCAAGACUUAGUGGAGAUAACCAAUGAAUUUGGAGGAUUACUUUGUCAUGAUGGAGGGAAGUUAUUUUCUAUUCAGCUUGUAAUUUAUAUGUUGGGAUGGAACAAUAAUAGCGUUUGCUCCUUUAUAUUUUACUAUAAUAUCAUACUUUUCUGUUGUUCAGAA